AUGAGUUUCGCAAGGAGACAAAACGGCGAUGUGACGGGACGAAGCCAGUUUGUGGCCUAUGCGCUUCUGCUGGAGUGGAUUGCAACUAUCCCGAGAAACCCACCGAACCAGAAGGCCAGGCAGGGUAACGCAGCGACCGAAGCCCUUGUCCAACGUGCCAACGAAGCCGAGAGCCAAUUGAAAGCCCAGCAGUCGGAUGUCCCAGAGCAAUCUUCUUCUUUAUUGGGUAGGACUCCGUCGUCGCAUGGGCUAGUAUCAGAAGCGAGAGAAGGCUUGUCAAACUCGCCACAAGGUGGUCAUACAUCCGAAACUAUUCACAGUGAACAGGAUGGAUUUAACCAGCCAGGUGGUGAUACACCAGAUCCUCUGACUUCUCCCCAGCUUGCCACGCCUAGGAACGAUCUGCUGUUCACUGCCGGAGUUUCAAACCCACACCUGCAAACUGCGGUACAGCCAUUACCCGUCGUUAGUCCGCUGCAAUUUCAAAGUGGCCCGAGCUUGAACUACGGUUUCCAAAAUUCACCCCCAGUCGAGGAAGGGGCUCACAUCACCAUUCCUGCUGGCCACCACACCACUACGUCAAGCUUACUAUCACUGCAGCCCAUCAGGAGACUGGUGGGCUACUAUCCUCAGUCUCUGUUCUAUGACCUGGAAACAUCCAAAGCCUUCCCCGACGAUAACAUGCUGUCUCAAGAUAUAUCCCUGCUACUCUCCGAGCUGGACUUGGAUCAGGAGACCACAGCUCGUCUAAUUUCAAAUUUCUUUUCCUUUAUCCAUACCAAGUUUCCAAUAGUCGAUCCGGCGUCUUUUCCCGAAGUUUUCGACAAGGCUAUUGAAGACAUUGCCAGGUCUGUUUAUCAGCCGUCUCUGGCAGUGUGUCUACUGGUCUUGGCUUUGGGAGCCCUGGGAUCAACAGAAGACGUUUUCAGCCCCGAAAACGAGGGAGACCCGAGCUCGCCGUAUUUUGCUGUUGCCUACCGCAUUCUGAUGAUCAAAUGGGCUGGCUCACCAACGACCAGUAGCUACGAUGUCAAGAAGAGCGACAUUGACAGCUUGUCGGAGUUUCACCUGCCAAGGAGCGGAAUUGAGAUAGCUAUAGACCGCAUGUACUUUCCGCGUUUGGGAGGACACAGCAAUCGCGAUGCAUUGAUGUUCUUGGCGCUCUGUUCAAUCCGUCGGCUGCUCAACCGCAUACACAACGCCGUCUACACCUUAGGGAACAAGGAUGCUCUGAGUCCUCCGGAAUCAUCGAGCCCUCUAGCUUCAUCCUCUGAUGCCCAACAACAAGCUUUCUUGGUCCUUAUGUCACUGGAAGGCAUUUUCAAUGAGUUAGAAAGGCAGCUGGAUGCGUGGUAUGGCUCACUGCCCGAGGUCAUCAAACCGGAUCUUUCCAAUCCUGUGCCUUCUGACACCCAAGACGCUUGGUUGAGACUUCGAUAUUGCCUGCCCCCACCCGAAUUCGUCUACAGAUACUCCCAGAUGUGCAUUGACAGUUCCCACAACUACAUCCGUACAGGCAUACAUACGCUGGACAAACGGACCUACUAUUCGUGGAUGACUUUCCAAGCUCUACGGCACUUGGUACCGGAUAUUAACGACUUACUGCGUGUCACGGUUGACGCUAUCAAACCCUGGGCUGCUCCCGAUUCGAGCGCGGAGGUUGUCUUUUUGAUACUGCGGACUUUGUAUCACAAGAUGAGGUUUCGUUCUCCGUCGCCCGAGCCACAGCUCUAG